AUGGACCAAAUUGCUCCUUGCAUUCAUGAUGAGCUUGCCUUGUUUGUUCAGAAAUAUAGAAGGGUUGUCAAAGGUAAAACCAAAGUCACUAGGAAUUGUCAAAAUCUUCCUAGCUCGUCUACAUGUGUGUCUCAAGACAAUGUUUUUAAGGAGAUGAAUUUUUUGGACUCUUAUGGCUUUAGGGAGGACAAAAGUUUGAAGGGUCUUGUAAAGUGCUAUCUAUGUGGUGGUGUUGGUCACACUGAUGUGGAAUGUGCAAAUAACCACAUGAUAGAGUCUAAUGGGAGAGAAGAGUCAAUUAGUGCACAAUGGAGUGAUAGUGAUAGUGUUGAUUCCAAUAAUUAUAUCACUUCAUCUUUUGAAGAGACAAAUAAUUUUGCCCUUGUUGGUUCUGUUCAUAACUCUAGCAUUGCUAGAGUUCAUGUAGUUAAGGAAGGAAAAUCUGAUUCAAAAAAUGAAUCUGUGUCUGGAGAUGAUAGGCAGGAUGACCAGUCAUACAGGAAACAGGAUGACCAGUCAUACCUGGGUAUGUGUGAAAAGUAUGAUGUCUUUUUUACUGAAACUUCCAAGCUUAAGGAAAGAAAUUUCCUACUUGAAAGGAAGGUAAAAAACCUGGAAAUUCUUAAUUGCACUUUUAAAGAAGCAAAUAAUGAAUUGAGUGAAAAUAUUGAGACCUUGAAGAGUGAAAAGGAUUCAUUGAUUGUCAUUAAAAAUGACAUUUCAAACCAAUUGAAUGUGCUCAAGGAAAACAACUUGGUUUUCCAUGCCUCCAACAAGAAUUUGUUGACUCAGAUAAAUGAGGCAAAUGACAUGGUGAUCAAGCUUACCAUAGGGGCUAAAAAGGUGGAUAAAAUGUUAAAUAUGGGUAAGGUUCAUGGAGACAAAAUUGCUUUUGGUUAUGGUUGUUCUAGUUCAUAUGCCCCUCCUCAUUUGACCACAUUUGUCAAGGAGUCAAAUACAAAGUUUGAUGUUUUAGAGCCAACUAGGACUCAAAGAUUCAUUCCUACUUGUUACCAUUGUGGUGUGAAAGGUCAUAUUCGACCUAGGUGUAAUGCUCUAAGGAAUGUGUCUAGAGCAACCGAUGCAAAUGGCUUUAAGAACCAUAUUUCAUCUCUUAAAACAUGUGAGCUUGCAAAAUCUGUUAUUUGUACAAGAGAUAAACAUUUUUCACUUGCAAAAUUUGGUUUUCAACAACCAAAAAGGUUCAUUCCUAUAUGCCAUCAUUGUGGCACAUUAGGACACAUUAGACCAAAGUGUUUUGAGUUUAGGAAUUUUGAGAAAAAGCCUUUUGUUCAUUUCAAGAAAGUAAAUGACGACUCACUUCAAACUCAAGUGAAUGAUCUUCUUUAUAAAGCUGUCAAAAUUCCUAAGGUGAUCUCUAUGCCUCAUAAAGUCUCAAAAGUGAAGCAAGUUUGGAUCAAGAAGGAAGACCAUGUUCUUCCUCAUGUUGGUGACUAG